GAAUAACACCAAUACCAAUGCCUGAUGAUAUUUAUAUGUUUUUGCAAGUUAAAAGAGAACGGUGGUUUGUAAACCAGGAGUACUGAAUCUUCUUAAAUGGAAGAUUUGGGAUAGCUCUCAUCCCAUUCCGAGCAAAGAGGAGCUUGAUUGGGUACUUCCUGUAAAGUCAAAUAUGGAUAAAAUCAAACAUCCUCCUGUAGACAAAAUACAGGUCACAUGGAUUGGCCAUGCCACAAUGCUUGUUCAGAUGGAGGACAUGACAAUUCUUACUGACCCCGUUCUGGACUCAUUUUGCGGACCGAUCUGGCCCUUUGGCUACAAGAGACACAGAAACGCUUCCUGCCAGGUUAAGGACAUUGAAAAGCUUGAUGCUGUCAUCAUCAGCCACAACCACUAUGACCAUCUGGAGGCCAAGGCAGUGAGAGAAAUCAAUGCAAAAUUUAAGGAUGUGCAUUGGUUUGUUGCUGGCGGAACCAAGGCAUGGUUCCUAGCUAUGGACGUUGAGGAUAAAAAUUUGACUGAACUAGACUGGUGGCAUGGAGUGGAAUUCAAUGGGGUGAAAUUCAUUUGUACGCCAAGUCAGCACUGGUGCCAGAGGAGUAUAUUUGACUUUAAUACGUGCCUCUGGUGUAGUUGGGUGGUGAAAGGUCCAAGGCAUUCCUUCUACUUUGCAGGUGACACUGGAUACUAUGAAGAUCUUUUCAAAAAGAUUGGAGAGACGUACGGACCAUUUGAUUUGGCUGGAAUACCCAUUGGGGCUUACACACCAAGGUUCAUUACAAAGUAUCGGCAUGUUAAUCCAGAGGAAGCUGUCAAAAUCCAUGUAGACAUUCGGAGUAAAAUGUCGAUUGGUAUAGAAUGGGGAACUUUUCACCUUACAAAUGAGCAUUAUCUGGAGCCCCCUCACAGACUAAAGAAAGCUAUGGAAGACCGCGUUUUAAACCCGAGCAACUUUGUCUGUCUGAAUAUCGGAGAAACGUGGGAUGUUGGAGACCCCAGGGAGGAGCCUCAGUUCAUGAAGGAAAAGGGGUUCCUCUGUCGAUCGCCAUUGGCGCCAAAUGGCGCUAAUUUUUUUUAAGUGGCUCCAAUUUUUUUAAAGUGGCGAAUUUCAAAAAAUCGGUAAAAUCCUAUCCGAAAAUGUACUGCGAGUCGAAAAGCACGCGACCGAGCAUAAUCACGGAAGCGUGAAAGUGUUACAGUCGGUGUUUUUACUGCUAUUGUCAAGUUUUAUGGGGGUUAUUAUCGGAUUAACGGUUCUUUUAUGAUAAAGAACACUCAAUUAUGUAACACUUAGGACAAACUGGCACAAAGAUCAAUGAUUAUAACGGUAUAUAAGGCGGUGUUAAUUUAAAUUGAGAUGUUUGUCGUUCAGAUGUGUAUCAUUUUUUCCCUUUCAGUUUAUGUGCAUCAUAUUUGCCAAAUGACCAAAUGUAACUGUUAAACAAUUAAAUUUAGAUGUUUUAUUUUCUGAAAUGUAACUGUUUAACAAUUAAAUUGAGAGGCUUUAUUUAUUGAUGUUUGAAUUUUUUUCCGUUCCAGAUGAUGUACAUUUGUG